AUGUGUAAUUUUUUUUAUUCCAUUAAUUCUCAGGAAAAUAUUUUACAAAAGUUCUCUGAAUAUCAAAUAUAUGAAGAAUUCAGUAGUAAGGAUAAUUGUUAUAAAUAUUGCAAUCACUGUAAAAAUAUUUAUAUUUUUGAAAAAGAAUAUCCAGGGAUUAGUGAUUUUUCUAGAUUGUUAGUAAGAAAUUUAUACGAAAUAAAGAAUAAGAAUGCUGGGAAAAAUCGUUGUGGAUAUUUAUACUAUUGGAUAUAUGAGAAUGCAUGGAGGGUGUUUGGUGAUAAUUGGAAUAAAAUACAUGGAAAAGUGCCUAUCGAUAGGCUUUUCAAUAUAGGUUAUGAAAUUAUUAACGAAUUAAAAAUUAAUGAAUGUUUCUAUGAAUAUGAUACUGAAAUUAGUUUAGAAGAAUGGAGAGAAAAAAAAGAUUUGCAUGAUUAUUUUAAUAAUUAUAAAAGUAUUAAAGAAAAGAUUAUGUCUGACAAAAUAGAAAAUCAAAAGUAUUGUAAAUACUUUAUUUAUAUUAAAAAAUUAUAUAAAAAAUAUAUAAUGAAAUGCUGUAAAUAUUACGAUCAUUAUAGCUAUAUGAAUACCUGUUCUGAUUAUUUUGAAUGUGAUAGAACAUAUUAUCCGAAUAAUUUCUUAUGUAGUUUAAAUUGCAAAAUGGACGAAUUAUCUCAUGACUCAAAUAAAGCAGUUAAAAAUAUAAGAAUUGAAGAACAAAAGGAUAGUGCGAACUUUAAUUCAGAAAUUAGCACAAAAUCAUUGGACAGCGCUAGCACACAAGACUCUCAAGAAUCUAUAUUUAAUGAAUUAAUGAAGGAUCCUUUCUAUAUUUCCUCUUUAGGCGGUUUUACACUUUUGGGUACUUUUAUGUUUUUUUUCCUAUUUUACAAGGUAAAAAGUUUUUAA